AUGCUAGCAUUGCACGAUCAAAAACUGAUUUAUCAUAUAUUUGACUACUGUGAUAUUCGAACGAUUCUUUUGUCUGUUCGUGGUGUGUGCCAAAUACUUUAUGCCAUGGUCAACAGCUACGAUCGACUCGCAAUUACACUCAAUUCCAAAUCUGCCUGGACCAUGAAAUCUGUUUCCCGAAUCGUUCGAUCUGAACAAGUGAUUUCACUUACUAUUGCGGAUUAUGAUAAAUUUACUCGUCUCCAUUCGCUGACUCUCAAGCACAUCAAAGAUAACGAUUUGAAACGUCUGCUACAAAGUAUGAGUGGUGUGCCGUUAGUCUCGCUCUCGAUUCACUCAGACGAGAAAAAGUAUGAUCAAACAUGGAUCAUUGUCUUAGAAGCGAUCAUACGUGCGAACCUUCAAAAGUUAUACAUGCGUUAUAUUGACUACAUGGAGGAACAUAUGCCAUGGCCAGAUCAAUGCAGUUUAGAGCACUUGAGCAUCGGGAAUUGUGCCUAUAGCAAAUAUCUUCUUAUUCUGCACCAGUUGCCAAAAUUACGAACGCUCGUCAUGCAGAACUGUAUUAUGAAUGAAAAGAACAAAGCUGUAGUGUUGCCUACUCCCACAAUCUAUUGCUCGUUGGAAUCUCUGACUAUUGAUUCGUAUUUACGUACUCCAGAACAAUUGGAAUUAAUACUUUCGCCGAUAUCCUCGCUUAGUCGUCUGAGACUAAUUUCUAUCUUCGAUCUAUCUGAGCCUGUGUUCCAUCGUUCCUAUUGGGAACAGCUCAAUUAUGGCCAAAUGUUGAAGAUAGAUCGAUUCGAAUUCUUCUUUUCAUAUAACAACAACCACAUCAACAGAAAAUUUAUCGAUUUCGACUCCCUUAUCGACCCGUUUCGUACACCGUUCUGGCUCAACGAGAAACAAUGGUUUGUAUCUUGGGGCUACGUGCCAAUCCUGAAUGAAGUCUGGCUUUACACAGUACCUAGUCCCAUUAUUGACCGACAAAGUGUACUCAGAUUUGAGAUAUCGUCGAUGGACAACACAUCGCGUCUAACUGAACGACCUCUGAACAGAAUGAUUGAUCACGCUUUAGAUCAAACAUUGACCACACUGGUGCUUUUCCAGAAAGAUAUCAGAGAUGCUCACGUACAAUAUAUUGCAAUUGGUGUAAAGAAUAACACGACAUUGAUCACAAUGGAUCUGUCACACAACGCAAUUAGAGAUAUCGGGGCGCAACAUCUUGCUGAUGCCUUACGAAAUAACACGGCGUUGAUCACACUGAACCUAUCACACAACGCAAUUGGAAAUGUCGGAGCACAACAUCUUUCCGAAGCUCUAAGAUACAACAAGACACUUGCCAUACUAAACCUAAAUUGCAAUCUAAUUGGAGCCCUGGGGACACAACACUUCAGUGAUGCCUUACGAAUCAAUAACUCACUCACCACAUUGGACAUCGGCAGUAAUAAUUCAAACAACGAAAAUAAUACAAUUGGCAAUGUCGGAGCACAACAUCUUAGUGGUGCCUUACAGAAUAAUAAGACACUUACUACAUUGAAUCUUAAUUACUGUCGAAUCGAUUCCGUAGGAGCACAGCAUCUUGCUGAUGGUUUACGAAAUAAUAUGGCACUUACUACAUUGCACUUCGAUGGCAAUUCUAUCGAAGAUCUUGGAGCACAAUAUUUUGCUGACGCCUUAAAAACUAACACGACACUGAUCACAUUGAAUCUACAAUGGAAUGGAAUUGAAAAUACUGGAGCGCAGCAUCUCGCUGAUGCCUUACAACAUAACAAAACACUUACCUCACUCAACCUUCAUCGGAACAAGAUCAGAAAAGCUGGAGCACAGCAUCUUGCUGAUGCUCUGAGAAAUAACACAACGCUCACCACUCUAAACCUCGAUGGUAAUUUCAUUGGUGAUUCUGGAGCACAGCACCUUGCUGAUGCGCUAACUAUUAACACGACACUGACCACAUUGAACCUUAGCGCCAAUAAAAUCGAAACGGCUGGAACACAACAUCUCGCCGAUGCCCUAAUCGAGAAUACAACACUCACUACGUUGUAUCUUGAAUGGAACGAAUUUGGCAACGCUGGCGCAAAACGUCUGGGUGAUGCUUUAGGGGCUAACAAGGCACUUACCACACUGGUCUUUCACAUGAAUAAACUUGGGCAUGUUGGAUCAGCAUAUCUCGCUCAUGGUUUAAGAAACAACAUAACCCUUACCACAAUGAUCCUUUACUUUAAUCGAAUCGGAAGCACUGGUGCAAAACAUCUCGCUGAUGCCUUACGGAUUAACAAGACACUCACUACAUUGAACCUUAGAGCCAAUGAUAUUGGAGCAACUGGAGCACAGUAUCUCGCUACUGCGCUGCUAGUCAACAAGGCACUUACCACCUUGAAUCUUGAUACGAAUGAUAUGGGAACUGCUGGAGUUCGAUAUAUCGCUGAUGCACUGUGGGACAAUCGGACGCUUACUUCAUUGAAUAUGUCGAACAAUUCGAUCAAAGCUAAUGGAGCGCAAUAUCUUGCUGAUGCCUUAAGAAAGAACACAACACUCACUACACUCGUUCUCGACUCAAAUAAAAUCGAAGAUAUCGGAGCGAAACACUUCGCUGAUGCCUUAAGAUAUAACACGACAGUCGAGACUUUGAACAUCUUUCUCUUAAAUGGUAUUUCUUCAGACGUCCAAAAAGAAUUGAAAAGACAAGAUAAUUGA